AUGCAGGAAAUACGAGCUCACAAGGCCCACGGCAACAAGAAGCCCACCCACCUGAGGCUACGCGAAUCGCCCGCGAAGAGGGUCCAGGGAUCCGUAGCCGGAGACCGUGGGACUGGCCUCCCUCCACGACAACGCCUGCUCCGAGGAGCGCCCCGCAGCGUCCAGGGACCGAUUACAACGCGCAGCGACGCCCCCAGCGUGCGCGCGGCCGCCGUGUACGUCCCCGCGCAUGCUCCCGACACGCUCCGCGCACACCUCCCAUCUAGGCCGCGCCUGCGCUGUUUGCCGUGUGGCCGCUUCGUCGCAGGCGCUCCAGGUCCCUGCUGGCGCGGCAGCGCCGCGCGGUGGGUGAUGGGAGAGCGCGACCAUUCCCACGCCGCGCCAAGUGCCACGGGAUCAGGCCGAGGCUGGACCGGGAGAGGACAGCGAGGGCAGGCUACCAAGCCCUCCCCACAGGGCCGCGCCCAGCCCAAGCCUGCCGAGUCAGCACUCAGAUCCGGGGACAAGAUAGGUGACGAUGAAGUGGUGCUCUUCUCGCUUGCACGAGCCGUCCCACGCCACUUCUCCUCGGCUUCACGGUGCCUAGAGAAGAGGUGGGAGAGGGUGCGGGCGCCCCAGCUCAGGAUCUGAUGCCUGUGGGCCAAGGACCUGGAUGCAAGCCAGCAGUCCUUGGGGCCACGGGCAGGCAGCCGGAUUCACCGGAAAGUGACGCUUCUCAAGGGGAACACACACGUAACACACCAGCUCCCUUUCUGCCCUGGUCCAGUGACUCCUUUCAUGAAAGCUCUCUGAAAUGUUAUCUGCAUUUACACCCAAACUCACUCACUUUGAUCCCUGAAACGCGAAUCAAAGAUCACAUUGUACCUUCCCUGGGUCUGUGGGGCUUUCACCAGCCUGGGCCAAAAAUAAUAAAAGUGGCACCGAGCCAGGAAACGCCUCCUUGAAGUGGG